UCGUCUGUCCCGGGGCCCGGGCUGGCUCUCGGCGGCCCUGCACACAUACUCAUGAACCUCCUGAGAGGAUUGCCAAGUAAUAUAAGAUGGGGCUGGUUCGUUGGGUUAUUUAGCAGGAAAAUGCCUCCACCUUGCGACGAUUUCGCACUAUGGGGGUGGGGAAGGAAACAGGAGAAAAGCCAUGUGGACAAGUGUCACAGUAUCCCAAGACGAGAUCUGAACCCUGAGCCGCUCACUGCAGUGUUUUAACUACCGGGCCAUUGAGAGCUCUAUUGUGCCUUUUAUUUAUGAUAGUGAUCGCACAAAGGCCCUCUAAAUGGCAGGCAACAGUUGAAAACUGGGAUAGAGAGGGUGUGUUCGGUCUGAAUGAUACUUCACCUUUCUGACUGCAUGAAGGUACAAUUAAGUCAGAAAACGACAGCUGUAAUGUACCAAUAAUUAUCUCUCAAUAUCAGUUAAUGUGCGGCAAUACAUAUGCACAAUUAUUCUGACCAUAACUUUUCCAUGGCCUGGAUUGUUGGAGUGAAAGUUGUUGAGACAUUUCACUUUAAACUUUAAAGUGUAACUAACACUGCUGUCCCUGGUGGCUACAUAGAUAUGGGCUAGUCGCGCAAGAACAGCACAACGAUGGUAUUGGCUGCACAGCUGUAGGUUUUAUUUUCAGUGGUUCACUUGAGGGCUGGCCACUCUUCCACUCCACUCUCACUCCAGAAAAGCCCCUUGUGCCAUGUUUUAUCUUUCGCCACUUUAUCUCAAGUGCUUUAUCAUUUUGGCUCUGGGGUCUCAUUAAAAAAAAAAAAAAUCCCAGGAAAAUAGGGUUCUAGAACAUCUAGCUGAAUGAUGUGUAGUGUGUGCACUGUAAACUACCUGCUUAUGCUCAAGAAGGUGAUUUUGACAGGCAUCAUACCAGGGUCUCCAGUCUUUGUGCAUAUGCCUAUUAUUUGGAGGUUCUUCACUCAUGCAAGAUUUGUAAUGAGCACUACUGUAACUAGAUACUUUCUCUCUGGCAAACUUAAGUUGUGCCACCAUCAGAUAGUGCUGUAUGGUACCAGUGCUGCAUCUAGUAAAAAUGACAUCUAUGUUGUCAACUUGCGAAGCGAUACUUUCACGCUGCCUACAUCUUCAAUGAAGAAAGCCAUGGUGGAGGCACAUCUUGGAGAUGAUGUAUAUGGGGAGGACCCCACUGUUAACAGGCUACAAAAAGAAUGUGCAACACUGUUGGGGAAAGAUGCAGCUCUGCUGAUUCCCACUGGCACCAUGGGCAACACUGCUGCCAUGUUAUCUCAUUGUCAUGGACUGUUUGAAGAAAUAUUACUGGGAGAUCAGUCACACAUGCAUUUUGGUGAAGUUGGAGCAAUUGCUACUCUGGCAGGAAUACAUUCUCGAACUGUUACCAACAAGUGUGAUGGCACAAUGGACAUUAAUGAGCUUCGGGAAAAGAUACGCAUCAAGAAAGACCCACACUAUCCCCAGACACGUGUCAUUUGCUUGGAGAACACCCAUAAUAGAUGUGGUGGUACCAUCCUUCCACUGAACUUUUUAGAGCAGGUUAGGGAUGUGGCUGAUGCACAUCAUCUUGCAAUGCACUUGGAUGGAGCACGACUAAUGCAUGCUGCAGUUGCUCAGGAAGUGGCACCUUGUGAAAUUGCACAGUAUUUUGACUCUGUUUCAAUGUGCUUUUCAAAGGGUCUUGCCUGCCCUGUAGGAAGCAUUUUGGCUGGUUCAAAGGAUUUUAUAGAAAGAGCUUUGUGGGCACGAAAAGCCUUGGGAGGUGGAAUGCGACAAGCUGGAGUUAUUGCUGCACCAAUGUUAGUAGCACUGAACGAGAUUGUUCCCCACCUCAGGGAGGAUCAUGCUAGGGCUAGAAAAAUAGCCCAAGCUAUAGUUGACGUUAAAGAGAAUAACUUCCUGAAGCUAAAUAUGGAGUUGGUUCAGACUAAUAUAGGCAUGUUGCAUAUGGACUGCAAUAUCAGCACAAGAAAAUUGUGUGAGCGAUUGACUCAGGUCACUGAUGAAGAAUUUGAAGUUCUUGGAGAGCGAAUCUCUGUGCAGAUGAUGCCAUUUUCUGACACUCUUAUUCGCUUUGUGACUUAUUAUGGUAUUACAGACAAAGAUGUUGACAAGGCCAUAAAGAAACUCCAAUAUGUUCUGACAGGUAUGUCAACAUGCUAAUGCAUUUGGAGGCAAAAUAUAUGGGCAGUUCCUUUUCUUCUUCUUGUUCCUAUUCUCCCCCAGUGGAGCAUAGGGCCGCAAGGCGGCGGUUCCUUUUUAUCCACAUGAAAAGCUAAAACAGAUUGUUCCUUUAAAUAAUAUGGUUUUCUCACAUCAUUAAUGGAACUGUUUUGUGCCCUCCAUGUACCUGUCAGUCUGUGCUUUCUGAUAGCUAUGUUAUAUCUAGACUCCCCAGCUUGUUAGUAAUAUACUUUUCUUGUCCAAGUAUUGCUUAAAUGAAGAUGAUGUGGGUUUGUCAUCCAGACUGGUAAAGACCUAGAGGAGAGCAAAUGUUGAUAAAUAUGUCAUGUCUGCAGGAAGCUGCUUGUGAAUACAUUUUUUUUUUGUACUUGGUUUUGGUUAAUUACUACCUUAAAUAGUUUGAAAACAGAUCUGAUGAAUAUUGAUGGUACAGAAAUUCUUCCAAAUUCUUCCUCCCUUUUGUACAUGUAAGUAAUCAGGUGCCAUCGGGUUACCCUUCAAGAAUGUUGCAUUAAAAUAAAUAUCUUUGCACAGGCAGAAAAAGAGAUUCUGAACCAAACUCGUCGGCGUUUAGAGACAAAAGCCCCUUGCAAUGAACAGUUUUCGAGUGAAUAGCAUAUGGUGUAUAACAGACAGAGUUGCAUACCUCCUGUACCUUUCAGAUACCCCCGACAAAAUCUUUUACUACCAGCACCUGGCAAAGUAGCUGUAAUGAUCUUUUGCUGUGCAUCAUAUCUUAAAAUAGAGAUUCAAGAUAGUAUCUGAGACAACAAAAUUAAAUGCACUACAUUCCUACAUGGAACUUCAGGCCUGUGUAUGUCCAUUUAAAGAUUAAAAAAAAAAUCAACUGCCAAUGGUAAAUACAAAUGUACACAUAAACACAAUUUUGAAAACAAAAUCUUUUGGAAAGCACAUAAUUACAUAAAAACAGUUUAGAAACAAUUAAAUCAUUUACUGCUAUCUUUAUUCACAUUUGCAAAAGGCGCCAAGAAAUUAAGAUCACAGCAAUCACAUAAAAGUUUAUAAGGAUUACACUUGUUAGAAUAAAUACAAAGACUUUAAAGUGACUAAUUCAAAAUUAAAGCUAAAAUUCUUUAAAUCCAU